GUGUGUGUGUGUGUUGUCGGUUUCCUGCUGCUGCUCGGUGUCCGCACACCGUCCGUCUCCACAGUGUUGAUCGGCUCGCCAUGGCGGAAGGACGCAGAGAACAGCCGCCUCAUCCUCUCCUCUCCUUACCACCGGCCAGCAAGCGACCCUGCCUUCGUCCUGCACCCCGAGGUCCCGGUCCAGGGCCCGGCCACGGCAGUGGGUUGCCCGGCUCCCGGUAUCGUUCUCCGGAGUCCCUCUUGGACUGCGCCGCGAAGGCAGUAGCGGAAAAGUGGGCCUUUGAAAGAGUAGAGGAGCGCUUCGAGCGGAUCCCGGAGCCCGUCCAGCGCCGCAUCGUCUACUGGUCUUUUCCCCGCAACGAAAAGGAGAUAUGCAUGUACUCUUCGUUUCAGUGCCGAGUCGCCGGCGAGGAAGGUCCGUCCCCGGCUACCGGUGGGUCUGGGGGUGCUGGGUCUGGAGCUACGACCACCGGUGGCGGCGGAGGAUCUACCGCCAGCACUACGUCUGCUGUGGGGGUAGCCGGAGCAGUGGGAACGGGAGACGGGCUGCCUUUCCGCCGGGGUAUAAGGCUGCUUGAGACCGGCUGUGUGGAAAACGUUUUACAAGUCGGCUUUCACCUCAGUGGCACGGUAACCGAGCCUGCCACAUCGUCAGAGCCAGAGGUCACGCACAAGGUGGCCAUCAGCUUCGACCGCUGCAAGAUCACUUCAGUCACCUGUGGCUGUGGGAACCGAGACAUUUUCUAUUGCGCCCAUGUGGUGGCGCUCUCUCUUUAUCGAAUCCGCAAGCCCGAACAGGUGAAGCUACGGUUGCCUAUCUCGGAGACACUGUUCCAGAUGAACAGAGACCAGCUGCAGAAGCUGGUUCAGUAUCUGAUCACGGCCCACCACACUGAGGUGCUGCCCACCGCCCAGAAGCUGGCAGAUGAGAUCCUCUCCUCCAACUCCGAGAUCAACCAGGUCCACGGUGCCCCCGACCCAACAGCAGGCGCCAGCAUUGACGAUGACAACUGCUGGCAUCUGGACGAGGAUCAAGUCCGGGAACAAGUCAAACAGUUUCUGUCCCAGGGAGGAUACUACGGCUCCGGGAAGCAGCUCAACUCCAUGUUCGCUAAGGUGAGGGAGAUGCUACGGAUGCGAGACUCCAACGGGGCCCGGAUGCUGACGCUCAUAACGGAACAAUUCAUGGCAGACCCUCGGCUGUCACUAUGGAGACAGCAAGGCACCGGCAUGACGGACAAGUGUCGGCAGCUCUGGGAUGAGCUGGGUGCAUUGUGGGUGUGCGUGGUGUUGAACCCCCACUGUAAGAGCGAGGAGAAGAGUACCUGGCUGAAGCAGCUGAAAAAGUGGGGAGACAUGGACGUUUGCCCCCUGGAGGACGGCAACUACGGCAGCGAGCUUCCAAACAUCACCAACGCUUUGCCGCAGAGCAACCUCGCACAGGACUCUCUAUCCAGGCCGAGGAGGACGGUGUUCAGUCGCGCCGUUGAGGCUUGUGACCUGCACUGGCAGGACAGCCACCUCCAGAGGAUCAUCAGCAGCGACUUCUACAUGUCUCCGUCCUACCAGAGAGAAGGAGAGAGCCUGCUGUUCAACCCACAGGGCCUGCCGCUUUGGCUAGACCACGUCCCAACGGCGUGUGCGCGCGUUGACGCCCUGCGCUCUCAUGGUUACUCCAGGGAAGCCCUGCGAUUGGCCGUCGCCAUCAUUAACACUCUCCGCCUGCAACAGCAGAGACAAAUGGACAUCUACAAACACCAAAAGAAAGAGCUUCUCCAGAGAGGUGUUACCUCCACCACCAACCUGGAGGGCUGGGUGGGUCAUCCCUUAGAUCCAAUAGGCUGCCUGUUCAUCACACUCACAGAAACGUGCCGCGUGGACGACGACAACACCAUGGACACCGGAGAAGGUGACCCCAGACCCCCAGUCUACCACCAUGUUCCAGUGUGGGGCAACCCACUCGGGGAUGAUUCCUACCUAACUCUGGCUUUAGAAGUGGCUCUGAUGGGGAUGGGCCAGCAGAGAAUAAUGCCUGAGGGCCUGUACGCCCAGGAUAAGGUGUGUCGUAAUGAGGAGCAGAUUGUUGCUAAGCUGCAGGAGCUGGAGCUGGACGACCUUCUGGUUGAGACGCUCCGGAAGCAGGCCAUACAGCUGCUGGAAGCUGGUCCGUUCAGCGGCCUGGGCGAGGUCAUCCACAGGGAAAGCGUCCCCAUGCACACCUUCGCCAAGUACCUCUUCUCUGCCCUGCUGCCGCAUGACGCAGACCUGGCUUAUAAAGUGGCUCUCCGCGCCAUGAGGCUGCCGGUGCUGGAGUCAUCAGCUGGCUCCGGGGAUGUCAGCCACCCUCAUCACGGCAUCUCCAUAGUUCCAAGCAGAUACCCACGCUGGUUCACACUGGGGCAUUUGGAGUCACAGCAGUGUGAGCUGGCCUCGACCAUGCUCACCGCCGCUAAAGGUGACAUGCUGAGAUUGCGGACGGUGCUGGAGGCCAUCCAGAAAAACAUCCACUCCUCUUCCUUAAUCUUCAAACUGGCACAGGACGCCUUUAAGAUAGCCACGCCCGCAGACAACCCGCCUGAUAUGACCCUGCUCAACGUGGCACUGGAGCUAGGGCUGCAGGUGAUGAGGAUGACUCUGUCCACUCUGAACUGGAGGAGGAGGGAGAUGGUUCGCUGGCUGGUAACCUGUGCUACUGAAGUCGGUCUGCGGGCUCUGGUGAGCAUCUUACAGAGCUGGUACACGCUGUUCACGCCCACCGAGGCCACCAGCAUCGUGGCCGCCACCGUCAUGUCCCACAACACCAUCCUGCGCCUCAGCCUCGACUACCCCCAGCGGGAGGAGCUGGCCAGCUGCGCGCGGACCCUGGCCCUGCAGUGCGCCAUGAAGGACCCCCAGAACUGCGCCCUGUCGGCCCUGACGCUCUGCGAGAAGGACCACAUCGCCUUCGAGACGGCCUACCAGAUCGUCAUCGACGCCGCGUCCACGGGCAUGACCUACUCGCAGCUGUUUACCAUCGCGAGGUACAUGGAGCACAGGGGGUACCCUCUGCGGUCGUUCAAGUUGGCCUCCCUCGCCAUGACACACCUUAACCUGGCCUACAACCAGGACACGCACCCAGCUAUUAAUGACGUGCUCUGGGCCUGCGCGCUCAGCCACUCGCUGGGUAAAAACGAGCUCGCGGCCAUUAUCCCCUUGGUGGUGAAGAGCGUGCACUGCGCCACGGUGCUUUCUGACAUCCUGCGGCGGUGCACCAUGACCGCGCCGGGUCUCGCCGGCAUCCCCGGGAGGAGGAACUCUGGAAAGCUGAUGUCCACGGACAAGGCGCCGCUGCGGCAGCUGCUGGACGCCACGAUCUCGGCGUACAUCAACACCACGCACUCUCGACUGACGCACAUCAGUCCAAGGCACUACGGAGAGUUCAUAGAGUUCCUGAGUAAAGCACGGGAGACUUUCCUGCUGGCACAGGACGGCCACAUUCAGUUCGCCCAGUUCAUAGACAACCUGAAACAGAUCUACAAGGGCAAGAAGAAACUGAUGAUGUUGGUCAGAGAGCGCUUCGGCUGACCUCAUCGCUCCCUCACAGAGACCCUCUUCUUGGGAAGUAGUUCAACUUAUUUGUUUCUAUUUAAGGUUUUUUGGAUUCUUUGUAUUUUUACUUCUUAUGUUGAGCCAUUUGUUGACUAAGUCUUAAGUUUUUGUCCGGUUUGUUUGUUUUGUUUCUAGAAUGUGAACCAGGAAGUGUUCGCAGUACAUUGCUCUACUUCACUGAGACUGCAAAAGGGGGAGAUGGCUUGACAUGUCAAAGAAGCAACAAUAAAAAAAAAAAGCAUUUUCUCCUACAGCUAAUCUGAAAACCAGUAUGUCAAAAGAUUGUGAUGACAAAAGCAAAAGGAUCUUUUGUUUUUCAUGUUUUUGUUUAGUUUUUUUAGCGGCACAUGACGAUAUGAAAACCAAAUGAUUUUGUUGGACGGGGUGUGUACUUAGAGCCAGAUUACACUUUCAGCCUGGGCUAAGAAGACGAAGAAGUGAUCUCUUCAAAGUGCAAGAAACAUGUCAUUCCAAAAGACAAAACAAACUCUGAGGUCAAAAACACGCGUAGUGUUCCUGUCAUACCUCGACUGUAUUAUUUGUCAGCUUUAACUUCUCUGUCAGAAACGGCCUCUUGUUUCAGUCAGGACAUCUGAAAGUAGAGGGGGCGGUGUACUUGUGUGUGGUCUCUUUGUAGAAGCGCCGAACAGAUUUAAAAACCUCCACAUGCUGGUUUCCCAUGAAUACCUUAAGAGGAAGACCCACGAUGCUUCACAGAGUGCAUGUUUUCAGAUUCAGAAGCCUGAGCGUGACAUUAUUCAGACGGCUCCAGCAAAGGUCAAGUAGUUGAGCCUCCACGUGCACAUACGGUAUAUACAGCAUAUCUCUUACAUCCUCCUUUAAGCCUGUUAACAGUGACUAAAUGAAACUGUGAUAAACAGUGGGGGUCAGAGUAUUCCCCUCUCCAGACCACCACUGCACUGUUGCCCAGCUAUUUGUGGCCAAACUCUUUCCACUUUUCACUCGCUAGCUUAACCCUUAGUCAACGAGCAAUAUAACUCAAGCCCCUGCAUUGUUUUUAUUACUUCACGGCAUUAUAUUCACCUUCUUUUUUUUUUGCUUUGGAAGCUUUGUUGGGACUUUUUCGAGUUUAGGUGUUGAUUCUGCCUGUCGCACAAGUCCCCUUUUCAUCACAGGGCCCAGGACUUAGAAAUGUCAUCGCCAAGGAUGGAGGUUUUCUGCGUGUAUUUUCACUAAACUGUAAAAGAGAAAUCUGUUCAUCGUGUCCAAAACUCCGCAGCUUUCAAGAUAAGCAAUUGACAAAUUGCUCCAAAUUCUUGGAGUGAAGGUCACUGACUCAUCGAAUCAACACUAUUUUGGCCCAACCGCAGUUAUUUGAAGCUGUACUGGCUGCAGCGAGGCAAGUUGUGCAACAUUAACUUUGGUAUCAUCAAAAACAGCUGGUAUCUCAAUUAAGACCAUAAAAGAUUUAUCUAGCAUUAAAUGUAUCUUCUAUAAAAAAAACUAAAAAAGAACUACUCUCGUGUCACGCUUAUACUAAGCUGAACAAAUAAUUGUUUUAAGUGGGAUAAACAUCUACAGGUUAUGUACCUCAUACUGCCCCUUAUAUAUGCCCAUUUUUGCUUCAUUUAGCUAAUUGUCUUGGUUUUGACAGCCUAAAUGUUUGCCGGAGCUUUCUUGUUUACAUCAGCACAACGCAACAGAAGUUAGUUAAGAACUAGUUAGUGAACAGAGUAGAAGUUAUAGCCGGCUAAAAGGCUUUCAGUAGAAACAUUUACAUUUGCUAAGUGGCCAGGAAAAAAAAAACAAAAGUUAAUGUUGUUCCAUCUCAGCUAGAUGCACAAGUUAGCCUAAACCAGCGCAGCCCUGAGAUAACCAUCCGCGCAUUAGCUUUGUGCAUUGGAAACCAAACAGCGUUGGGUUUUUUUUAGCUUAUUCUGCGUCCAAAACAAAAACAGAGACAUAUUUUCAACUCCCAGUGAACACAGACGCUACAUUCACUGCAGCAGUUGCUCCCAGCACAUCCAAAGCAAAAAGUAGCUGUUUAGCUUAGAGACUCCUCCAGGUUCUUGGUCUUCCGCGGUGGAAAAGCGCGUGCGGUCACCUGUGAAGGCUAAUGGCUGGGACCCCUCUGGACUGUGAAGACCAGCGGCCUUGUCUUUCCCAAACAGAUACACAGAGCAAGCACACAACACACGGUGUGUAUUUACUUGAUGACUCCAUCGGUGUACGCAUUUGAGACCGCAUGCCUUGGCACGGGACGAGGGAUGUCCAGGCGUCCUCGUCUUACCCAGUGCUAACGCGCUGUUGUUAGUGGCAGUAUACAGCACAGCAGGAGCUCGAACCCUUACUGGUCUGACUAAAUGUCAUCGUACAAGCACUUCACACAGAUACCUCUACAGUACGUUCCUGCCUGCUUCAGCAUUUAUUUAUUGUUCGCCUAGUAUCUUUCUUUGACUGAGUAGGAACCGCAGACACAAUAUUUCAAUUAAAAACGGAGACGCGGCAGAUGCGGAGGAGAAUAAAAGGGUCGUUGGACGGAGGGACAUUUUCCGCGUCUGCUUUUACAUUCCACGAGAGCUACCUUCACCCACUCACCUGGGUUCUCAGUCACAACUCUGGGCCUUUUUUGAUCUGAAGAAAUGCAGAUAGAAGAAUGGAGGGGGAGAAAAAAAAAAGAAAACGGAAAACUGAGCAAAAGAAAGAGAAGAGGCUUAACUCAGUUCUCAGGGACAUCACUUAAAGAAACAAAACAAAAAGUAGUAGCAUUAAGCAUUUAAGAUAUUGUAAAUAUGAAAGUGUCAAUUCAGAAAAAUUGUAAAGUUAUAAUUAUUUAUGAUAAGUAUGUUAUGGGUUUGUUUUUCCUUAUUUUUAUGUUUGUUGGCGGGGUGUACUUGAAUUGUUUUGGAUGGGGGACAUUUGACAGAUUUUGUAAGAGCAAAGGCUUAAAGGCAUUUCUCAGGUGCUCCUGUGUACAUUUCUUUCUGUUAGUUGUUGUUGUUUUGUUUUUUUGCUAUAUUAACUACUAUUAUUUGUAUUUUAUUUUCAUUUUUUUUCUUGUUUUAAGAUUUGCAAAGAAGAGAAAAACAGUUUUCCAAAAGGAAGCAUGUUAUUUGGAGCUGAGGAAAAUGAGGAAGGCAUUCAUUUGUGAACUGAUUCGUACUAAACUUGACUAUGCAGAACCACUUCAUUGGUCUUGUCGCCUCUUAAAGACACCCACUUAUAACCUUUGAAGAGUGGAGGAAGGAGGAAGAGAGACACGGUGGACUGAACCACUAUUGAAAGGGGAGGCGAGUGGGGUGGGCAAAGAUGAAACCCAGCAUGCUUUGUGUGUGUGGACAAUGUCGGCGGCCUGUGUGCGCUGCAACAUUUAGAGGAGAAAAAAAAAAGAAAAUGCCUUUAUGACCGAUCAAUGUACAAAGUUUAUUUUUGCUUUACUUCUUUGUCGGUUUUAUUUAAUCAGGACUCAAGCCUUUAGUGUCUUCACAGAAGUGACACAGAACAAUACACACGUUAGUGAGAGACAGCAGACGUAUGAACAAAAGAGGCGGCCUGCGGAUGACCUCGUGUUCAUUCCUCAUUGUAACUUUCUUCUUUUUUUUCUUUUUUUUUUUGCUUUCUCAGCUCCCAUUGACUUUCAGAACUGGCCGAGUUCAUCUCCUCUAUCUCAUCGCCGUAGAUUCUUUUCCCAGUUGCUUAUCGACUCAUCGCCGCCUCUCGCACACGGAGGAUUUUGCGUUUGCAUGGAGUUGUGUGUCAGUGCAGCAGCUUGCUAUUGUCGUCCUUUAGCGGUGACAUCAGUGCGGCGCAGAGUCCUUAAAAAAAAAAAACAAAUAAAUAAAAAAAGCUGCAAGGUUUCCACGCAGUAAGGGUUAAAAGUGCAUUCCUUGCUGUGGCUUACACUCAGAAGCGUACGUGAUGCGUUCGCUGACAGCGUCACAACGGAGAGGUUCGUCCCUCUGUGUUAACCGUAUCAGCCAGUCCCUGAGCUUUUUCUUAGUUCUCCGUCUUUCUUUUGUUCGUAGGAGAGUACGCUUUGCUGGUAGAGAUCUAGUUCACCUACUGUUUCCCAGUUUGUUUUUUUGUUUUGGAUUCUUUCUAACUUAAGGGAAAAUUGAAAGUGUUUGUUGCCUCUUUGUGCUACUGAUUAUGAAAAGGUAUUUCCAGUAUUUGUUGCCACAGAAGUAUCAUAGCUUAUCAUCAACACUUUUUUUUUUGUAAUUUUUUUGUGCGACUUCUUGAGCUACUGUCUAUAAAGCGAGAAUUUAUUACUAUUUAUGUAACGCUACUACCAUUUUAUAUUGAUUUGUGUUGGAAUCUCAGUGCUUUUCUAUGAAUAAAGUGUGAAACACGUUG